GGCCGAUCUGUGAUGGCGUGAGCAGGCGUCUUCCCUCUCAUGGAGAGUACCAAGCGUGGCCGAGGUGCCUCCUUCACCGACCCGUCGACGACCGAUCUCCCUCACCGAGCUUCACGCCGGAGGAUGCCGCGCGGCGACGAGGGCGAGCGGGCAGCCAGAGGCACCGCCUCCCUUGCCUGUGGCGGCUGUGGCGGCACUCCCAGCACCAGCAGCGCAACCCCGGUGGAAGGCCAUCACCCGCCAAGCGUGGGCGGCAGCAGUGGCGUCGACGACUCGCCAAUGAGGAAUAUCGUGGAGGAGGUGGCCAUGCUGCACCUGUCGCCCGUCAGGGAGGGGUUAGCGGACGACGGGCGGUGGGCGGAUCAGCCACAGCCACCACCACCACCCGCAGGGGCGUCUGCGGCGGGUCCGAGUGAGAAAGCGAGGCCGUGCGCCUCCGCAUCCUCGGCUCCGUGCAGGGGGUGGCAGUGCCCUCCCUCUUCAUCGGCGUCUUCGUCUGCACCGGGGUGGUCGAGCGGUGCUGUUGGGCGACAUGGCGAGAACGAGGAGGGGCAGCUGCCUUUCGAGAUCUUGUUCCUCGUGUGCUUCUUCCUAGACGGCAAGGUCGGUGGGGUGGCACAUUGGGGGGGAACACCCACCGUGGUUGGUGUUGGUAUGUGUGUGUUGAUGUGAUGUGCCUGUGUCUGUGGUGUCCCGCUGGCUGUGCGGCCAGGGUCUGGCGUGUUUCGGUACGGUGAGUUCUUUGUGGCAGUCGGUGUCGGGUGUGCAUCCGUCGUGGCAGGAGCUGGUGCUCAAGGACUUCGGCUUCAAGUACGAGAACCUCGUCAUGUACACCGGACAAAACGACUGGCGACUCCUCUACGCACGGUACGUACGGUGGGGUGGGCUACCUAACCCACACACGCACCCAUAGCAUAGCAUACACACAGACAGACACCGACCCACCGCACCCACCAUGAACAGAACAGGCCUCCCCUUCUUCGCUUUGUUGUUUUUGUUUUGUCUUUCAGUGUAGCUGGAUUCAUAGCCAACCUGCGCAACGGCACCCCCGUCAAGACGGUGUGGCCCCAGCUGCUGGAGCCCCUCACGGGCGUCGACUACGAGGGCGCCGUCGCCAUGAGCGCAGACACAUCGCUGCUCCUAUGGGAAAACGGUACGCACACGCAAAUCCAUCACAUAAAUCCGCAAACAACGCAUUCUUGAUGAAGGAAGGCGUCUCUGCUGCUGCUGCUCGGGUGUGUGUGUGUGUGUGUGUGUGCAGGUCGUGUGCUGCAGGUGGUAGACAUGGAGGAGGGCCGUACGCUGUUCACCAAGGAGAUCGACCCCGAGCAGUACCCGCGCAACCGCGAGACCCGGCCCUGCAUCGUCAACACCAAAACACGGGUCAGACAGUGAGUCAGUCAGACAGACAGCGAGGGAGAGAGGGGAAGAGAGACCAUAGAGACCAUCCGACCGGUGAGCACGGAAGAAUUGUGUGGGUGCGUUGGUUCCUUCAGGCGUUUGUGCAUCUGAAUGGCGACAUUCUGGUGUACGACUUGCGGACCGGUGAGUUCGUGCGGAAGCUGGAGAUCCCCGACGGCACGCAGCUCGAGAGCAACGACUUCGCACUCGACAUAUCCAUUAGAAACGACCAGGUGCGGGGCGGGGCGGGGCGCUCGUGCGUGGGGGCACGUCACGCACAGAGAGAAUGUUUAUUCAUUUCCUGUGUGUCGCCAUGUCGCCAAUUGAAUUGGCGUGCGUCAGGUUGCGUUUUUGGCGAUUGAUGCGCUGUACAUGUGGAAUUCCGAGACGCUCGAGUUCCUCUACAAGAUCAGACACGGCGAGAAAGUCAACGGACCCAACCACUUCACACAAAACGUACACAACACACACGACAGACACACCCACCCUUCCAUCCAUCCACCCACCUAGCCACAAUUCAAUGCCUCUCGCCCUGUGCGUGCGUGUGUGUGUGCCGGUUGCCAUCCAUCAUGACAUCAGAUGUCAGAGGAGUUGGAUUUCCUGUGGGCGGGAUACCAGUGGGUGGAUGACGACAGCCUUGCCGGCGCCGCGGCGUUCGAGGACCCCGAGGUGCGGCAGCCCCAGCGGCUGUGCCGCAAGAGCGCCAACGUCGUCACGUGGCUCAAGCGGGCCGGCUACGAGAUCUGCAUCUUCGACAUCGCCAGUGGGCGGCUCCUGCAGAACCUCAAGGGUGGGUGGGAGCGGAGGGAGGACGGGGGAGCGGCAUGUCAUGUGGUGCGGUGGGUGCAUGGGAUGGGUGUGUCGGUGGAUGGAAUGGACCUGAUCAGGUCACACGCAUGAGGUGGUUCGGGUGCGUCAGACUCCAAACCCAUACGACUCCAAUGAGUACUUCCUCGCGUCUCUGGUAUGGAUGGCCACUCACAGACAGACAGACAGACGGGGAGGCCAAGACGUGUGUCUCAUCUGUUGUGUGUGUGCCUUGCCUGAUGUGAUGUGGCUGUGUGUCUGGUCUGCUGUCUGUGUGCAGGACACGUUGGGUACGGUAUGUGUGUGGGACAGCAGCGGCGAGACCUUCCCGUGUGUGUACGUCCUCAAGACCAACAACUCCCUCUCCUUCCGCCUCUGCCUCACGCCCUCACACCUCAUCACACUCUCAGAGAACACACAUGGGGACGCCGCACCAGAACAAGUCGAACUCAAGAUCUGGAAGUAAGCACACAAACCCAACAACACACACACACACACACACGCGGAUGCCCUCAAUCCACAUCACAUCGGUGUUUGCUCGUUGUUUGUCACACUUUACAGGUUUGACCCUCCCCGUCCGAAGCGACGUCUGCAGCGUUUCCGCAAAGGCGGCCCGUCCCUCCCCCCCGUCACACCUCGGCGCGCCCCCCUGUCGAGCAAGGCCCUCGCCGACAUGCCACUGGAGGACCCGCCAUGCUCACGCUACGCCCCGCCAUCCAACGUCGUGUCGAGCGCCUCCCGGCAGUUUUUCGCUAACCCCCUGUCGGCCAUGGAGGCAGCAACCAUCGCCCGGGAGGACCGCAGGAAGGGGCACAAGGCGACCACCAAGGACGGGCGGGGUUCGGGUGCGGCGAGCAGCUUCAUCGAGAAGGUCAAGGCGGGGCUGAGGAAGGUGGAUCGCCCGGUGACUCGGGAGGGGGGCAUGGUGGGGGGUGGGGGGCCGACUGUGGCGGGGUCGACGGCCACGCGUGUGGUGAGCCGGCAGCCGUCGAUAUCCAUGACGCGCACGUGCACGGCAAUGUCUGACGACAACGAGUCAGACAGCGCCCCCAUGACGCCGAGGUUUGGCGAAGAGGGCGAUGGCGAUGGAGAUGGAGACGACCACAUGGAGGACGAUGCCCAUCCACCACCAAGGGCCAUGUCGAGCCGCUCGUCCACGCGCGACGAGGAGCUGCCGCCACUGCACGGUGAGCGAGAACGAGGGAAAGAAAACCAUUCACUCUCGCUCAUGUGCUCUCCUUGCGUUGGUCCGUGUCGCUUGCAGUGUCUCUGCCCCCCAUGCCACCAGGCGGUGGGUGUGUGUUCCCGGGCGGUUCGCCAUCCGACGAGUCGAGCCCUUCGUCCGUCGCCCGCUUCCCGCAGCACCGCGGCCCCCCUCGCCGCGUGUGGCAGAAGCGGCAAAGGAAGCAGCCCGACAGUCUCCCGAAGAAGGACGUCAAGGAUGCCAGCGGCUCCGGCUCGUCUGGGAAGGCCACUCGUCCGGUGCUGUACGACUUGCGGACGACUGAGCUGCGCAACGACGUGUAUUUCGCGGAUGUGAUCGACAACCAAAUUUUGGGGGUGUGGUACUCGACGUCGAGGCCGGGGUCUGCCGAGCCGUGGAGUCUCUCCCACUCUGACUGGGAGGUCUACACCGUCCUCUCGGUGAGUGAGGGAGCUGAGCACGCCACAGAUGGCGAGCGACGUACCCAUAUACGUGGUGUCUCUCUGUGUGUAUCUCUGUGUCUGCGUGUCUUUUGUCAGGAUGCGGAUGUGGCAGCGAUGGAUCGCGAACACGAGCAGAUGCGCAGGAACCUCGAAGAGGCCUUCGUGCUCUCGGAGCGAUACCCGCCCCAGACGCCCCCACGGCCUUUCCGCCGCAGCACGCCCUCCUCCCUCGUCAGGACGCACACCCACCGCUUCUUCAACCCCGCACUGCUCACGCCCCCAGAUCAUGGGCUCGCGCGCCACCGCGGCCCGUUUCGCGGCGCCAAUCGGGUGUCCCCGCCCAUGCCGCCAGUCCUACAGUACUUCCAGAGCUACUAUGGGUCGCGAGUGAGCCCACACACGCGUGCUGCCCCACCGCAGCGGCACCGUCUGGCCCCCCAGCCAUCGUCGGGGGGCGUCUUCUCGCCAUCGAUUGGGCGGAGGGAUGCCCAUGCCUUCCUGGCGCUGCAGCGGAGUAUGACCACACCCCCUUCGCAGUUCCCCAGCGUCAUGAGCAUGUCGCCCUCCGCGAGCGUGACGAGCAGCCAGGGCGGGCCGCCGCUCCCGUUUCCCCCGGAGCUGCCGCAGCCCCCCGUCGCCCCUCCCUAUUCACCGGUGCCGCCACGCCACUCACACCGGCCGGUGCCCCUCCCCUCUUCUCUCAUCGGCAUCCCCCGCCCCAUCCCCCCUCCCCCGUCGCUGGCCAUCACCCCAAUGGACGGGGCGUCACCCGUCGGGUCACCACUUAGCCACGCGUGUGCGGCCGGCUCGAGCAUCGCCACCACGCCUGAUGCCAUGCGGCCAAUGGCCUCGCCGGCAAUGGAGCAGAGCACCACGGCAGCUGCUGCUUCUGCUUCGGCUAGUGCUGGUGUGGGUGAGAUGGGGGCUAGCAGCAGUAGCAGCAGCAGCAGCAGCAGUGUGGGAGUGGGAGUGGGUGUGGGAGUGGAAGUGGAGGUGCAGACGGAUCCUGCCGAGCUGGUCUUGACGUCCCCGCUGGUGAGGCGGCGGCUCAUGCAGCGGCUGCGCCAUCUGCAGCAGCAGGAUGACGGGGCCAACGAGCCUGUGGGGCACCUGUACCUCGACAACAGGUAGGUACACCUGACUGACACCGAAAAGGAUAUGUAUCGGUUCGUGUCGAUGUGUCUCUGCGCAUGUGAUGUAGGCGUGCGUUUGAGAUGCGCAACCGUGCGGACACCUGGAGCCUCCUCGACUGGAAGUCCGUGUCCAUCGAAGAUGACGGGUGCGCCACGGAGAGAGACUAGGGCAGCUCAGCCAACUAGCAUAGCGCGACUGAUUGGUCAUGUGGUUGGCAUGCUAUGCGAUGCCAUGCAGUACUUUGGUCAUCUACGACUUCUGCCCCAUCUCUGAGGACCCAUGGCGCAAGCGACAGGAGCGCUCCAAGCCCCACCAACCAGCUGCCGUGACGCAGGCUGCUCCUUCAUAGGGAGCGAGACGAGACGAUACCUCAGUCAGAUGCCAUCCCAUCCACCGGUGGAUCGAGGCACGCAGCACGCACUCGGAGUUUUUGU